GUAGUGGCGGCGAUACUCUCUCUCACUCCCACUCUCUUCCCAAAACUUCAUCUCUCUCUCUCUUUCUUCCUCACACAAUCCGUGUUGAGUUUCCUUCUACGACCACACACAAUUUUCACCACUAUUCCGCCCUAGGGUUUUUCACAAUUUUCUGUUUUUGCCCCCAAAAUCACACACCACAUCAUGUCCCAAUUCAGCGGCUACGGCCGUCGUCAGCCGCCGUUCGCCGCUCGUCCCCGCCACAACCCCCAGGAGCCCCCCUUCCGCCGCUCUUCGUACCAGCAACACCAGUACAGAUCACAGUUCCCCCCCAACAACUAUGAUCGCCCCCCUGGAGACAUCCCAGCCCGCCCCAAUUUCAUCGUCCAGCUACGCCCCGACUCUCAGAAAUCGAAUUCCGUCAGACGUGCUGAUGCCGAGGCCGUGAUUCGGAAGCUGAAAUUCCAGCCGCAGAGAGCGAAUUUUGUUAUGUCCAAUUUUAACUCCGCCUCACUAUCUUACGAGCAGUGGAGUGAGACUCUAGCGACGAUUGUUCAGUUGUGGGAGAUGAAACUGGGCGAUAAGGGGUUUAGCUUCGUGCCCCGCCUUGUUUCGAACGUCGAGCUUCCGUCGGAUAGGUUGGAAUUGAACGAUCGGUUGAAGGUGUUGUUUAUCGAGAAGUUGAAGAGAUUGAAGGAGGGUGAGCUGGUGGAGAAGUGGGAGAAGAAAUUGGGUACUGUGAUGGAUGAAGUUAAAAGGAUUUCUAGGAUUUUGAGUGAUAAGGCAAGCUUACGGGUUUUCAAUGAGCUGUUGGAGAAAAAGGAGGUUUUGGUGGGUGAGAGUACCUUUAUCUCCAACAGGAUUGAGGAAUUCAGAACUGGCAUUAGGUGUAUUGAAGAGUAUUUGGAGGAUGGGAACAAGGAGGAACACGAUUUUGAAGUUCUUCGAUUUGUACGUGGAAAGAUUGAAUGGGGAAGGAUUUAUUGUUUGAUGAUGAGAGAAUGCAGGAGGCUUGACGAUGGACUGCCUAUUUAUUCCCAUCGGCAGGCGAUCAUGAAGCAGAUACACUGCCAACAGGUCACAGUGCUGGUAGGUGAGACCGGUUCAGGAAAGAGCACACAGUUGGUUCAGUUUCUUGUUGAUUCUGGAAUAUGUGGCGACGGUGCCAUUAUUUGCACUCAGCCACGAAAACUUGCUGCAAUAACUUUGGCGGAGAGGGUCAAAGAGGAAAGCUUUGGCUGCUAUGAUGAUACUUCAGUUGUCUGUUACCCGUCAUAUUCAUCACUUCAGGAGUUUGAGUCCAAUGUGGUGUUUGCAACCGAUCACUGCCUGUUGCAGCACUACAUAAGCGACAAUCAACUAUCCAUGAUUUCUUGCAUAGUUGUUGACGAGGCUCAUGAAAGGAGCUUGAACACAGAUCUCCUUCUGGCUUUGAUCAAGACACUCCUCUGUCAGAGGCCCUGUCUCAGGCUUAUUAUAAUGUCUGCUACUGUGGAUGCAGACCAAUUUUCUGAUUACUUUUUUGGUUGUAGGACCUUGCAUGUGACUGGAAGACACUUCCCUGUUGCUGUUAAAUAUGAACCCUGCCAUUCUGAAGUGUCUCCAGCUUCUAAAUUAAUGCCGUCAUAUGUACAUGAUGUUCUAAAUACAGUACUGAAGAUCAAUAGAACUGAGAGGGAAGGCACCAUUCUUGCAUUCUUGACGUCGCAGAGUGAAGUAGAAUGGGCUUGCGAGAAUUUUCAAGCUCCGUAUGCUGUAGCAUUGCCCUUACAUGGAAAACUUUCAUAUGAAGACCAACAUAGAGUAUUUCUAGCCUAUCCAGGUAAAAGAAAAGUUAUAUUUGCCACCAAUGUUGCUGAGACUUCGUUGACAAUUCCUGGUGUCAAGUAUGUGGUGGACCCUGGAAUGGUAAAAGAGAGCAUGUAUGAACCUGCUACAGGCAUGAAUAUUCUCAAGGUUGGCAGAAUCAGUCAGAGCUCUGCUAAACAGCGAGCGGGCCGUGCUGGGAGAACAGAACCUGGGACAUGCUAUAGAUUGUACUCAGAAGAUGAUUUUGAAUCAAUGCUGCCUCACCAGGAACCAGAAAUUCGCAAGGUUCAUCUUGGCGUAGCAAUUUUAAAAAUUAUGGCAUUGGGUGUGAAGGAUCUGCAGGAGUUUGACUUUGUUGAUGCACCUAGUGCCAGUUCCAUAGAUCUGGCUGUCAGAAAUCUCGUCCAGCUAGGAGCAAUUGUGCUGAAAAAUGGUGCAUAUGAGUUAACAACUGACGGGAAACACAUAGUCAAGUUGGGUAUCGAGCCCCGGCUUGGUAAAAUAAUUUUGCAAUCCUUUCGCCAGCAGUUGGGUAAAGAGGGUCUUGUUCUUGCUGCAGUAAUGGCAAAUUCUAGUAGCAUAUUUUGCAGAGUUGGUACGGUGGAUGCCAAGUUGAAAUCUGAUUCCCUGAAGGUGAGGUUUUGUCAUCCCACUGGUGAUCUCUUCACAUUACUUGGUGUUUACAGAGAGUGGGAAUCUGUGCCGCGUGAAAAGAGAAACACUUGGUGUUGGGAAAAUAGCAUAAAUGCAAAGACGUUGAGGAGAUGCCAGGACACUGUUAUAGAGCUGGAAGCUUGCCUUAAAAAUGAAAUGAAUAUCAUUGUGCCGAACUAUUGGUAUUGGAAUCCCCAAAUACAUGGAGAGCAUGACAAAAUUUUGAAAAAUGUAAUACUCUCUUCCUUGCCUGGAAAUGUGGCUAUGUACUCUGGCCACGAUCAACUUGGUUAUGAAGUGGCACUAACAAGGAAACAUGUGCAGUUGCAUCCCGCAUGUUCUUUGUUCAAUUUCGGCCAGAGGCCAGCCUGGGUGGUUUUCUCGGAAAUAAUAUCUGUGUCGAAUGAGUAUUUAACAUGUGUUACAGCAUGUGAUUUUGAUUAUUUCUCCACCCUUUCUCCUUCUCUACCAUUUGAUUUCUUGGUAAUGAACAGCCAACGGUUGCAUAAGAGGGUUUUAUCAGGGUUUGGAAGUGUUCAGUUAAAAAGGUUUUGUGGGAAAUCUAAUAGCAAUGUGCGCUUUCUCGAAUCAAAAAUAAGAGAGUCCUAUGCUGAUGAAAGGAUUGGUGUUGUAGUUGAUGUUGACCAGAAUGAGGUGCUCGUGUAUGCUUCUUCACAGGAUAUUGAGAAAGUGAUGGGUUUAGUUAUAGAAGCAUUGGAGUACGAAAAGAAGCUGUUGCAGAAUGAGUGUGUUGAAGAAUUUAUGUAUGGCCCUAAGGUCUUGAACUCUAUUGCUCUCUUUGGAGCUGGUGCCGAGAUAAAACAUCUGGAACUUGAGAAGAGAUGUCUGUCUGUGGACAUAUAUCAUUCUAAUGCUAGCACACUUGAUCAGAAAGAGCUUCUACUCUUUCUUGAGAGUUUCACUUCAGGUUUUGUUUGCUCUGUUAGCAGGUUGUUGGUCUCUGGUCCGGAAAAUGAAGAGAAGGACAAGUGGGGAAGGGUAACAUUUUUGACACCUGAUGCUGCAGAGAAGGCUGCUGUGUUAAAUGAGAUCGAAUUCAGUGGUGGCUUGUUAAAGAUCAUUCCUUCUAUGAAAAAUCAUGACAGUGAUCUCAGAAUGAUGUCUUCCAAUCGUAUCAAAGCCAAAAUCUCAUGGCCUCGUCGGCGCAGCAAAGGGAUAGCAUUUGUGAAAUGCAAUCCAGAUGAUGUUGAUGCAAUGGUCAAUGAUCUCUCCAAUCUAGUUAUAGGUGACAGGUUUGUUUGGUGUAGACCAAGUGAUAAGUUUCCAGACAGCAUUAAAAUUACUGGGCUUGACAGGGACCUUUCUCAAGAAGAUAUACGUCCGGUCAUAAGAGCUGCGACAAGUAGGCAUAUCACGGACUUCUUUCUGCUGCUAGAGAAUGCAAAUGACGAUCUUUUACCACUACCACCGGCUUGUGAGGAUGCCAUUUUACGUGAAAUUUCUCCCUUCAUGCCUAGAAGAAAUAAGGGUGUCCCUGUUAAUGUUAAGGUAUUUCCACCAGAAGCAAAGGAUAGUCUAAUGAGAGCCCAAAUUGAUUUUGAUGGAAGUUUACAUUUGGAGGCAGCUAGGGCCCUGGAGCAUAUUGACCGCAAAGUACUACCUGGGUGUGACUCGUGGCAGAAAAUUGUAUGCCAUCGAGUAUUUGAUGGCUCUGUGUAUUGCCCUCCCUCUGUAUAUCAUGUUAUCGGGAACGAGUUUCAUCAUUUCCUCAGAAGGCUUCGGCAUGAUCCGCAUUAUCAAGGUGUAGAAUGGAAUCUGGAGAAAACCCAUAAUGGUGGCAUCCGAGUAAAGAUAUCUGCUAGCGCUACGAGACUUGUUUUUGAGUUGAAAAAUUCUCUGUCGGAGCUUGUUGGAGGGACGAUUAUACAUCAUCCGGAUAUAACCCCUUCUGUUCUUCAGAUUCUUUUUUCGCGUGAUGGAGUUCUGCUUAUGAAAUCUGUUGAGCGAGGGACUGGAACACAGAUAUUCUUCGAUAAGCAGAAAAUGACUUUGAGAGUCUAUGGUCCUCCAGAAAAGAUCGGGUAUGCACAACAGAAUUUUGUCAGAGGUCUCCUUGCCCUACAUGACAGCAGGCAACUGGAGAUUCGACUUCGUGAUGGAGUCUUACCUCCUGAUAUGAUGAAGAGAGUUGUUCAGCAUUUCGGGCCAGAUCUUUGUGGACUUAGAGAUAAAGUGCCAGGGGUGGAGCUGUCUUUAAAUGUGAGACGCCACACUAUAUCUAUUGUAGGUAACAAAGCAUUGAAGCAAGAAGUCGAAAACAUAAUACAUGAUCUUGCACAGCCAAAUGAGUUGCAAAUUCUGGAGAAUGAUUAUCAUAGUGCUUGUCCCAUUUGCUUAUGUGAAGUGGAGGAUUCGUACAUGCUUGAGGGCUGCCAUCACAAAGCCUGCCGGUCAUGUUUGGUUGAGCAGUGUGAAUCUGCUAUCAGAAAUCGUGAUUGUUUCCCGUUGCUCUGUGCUAAAGAGGGUUGCAGGGCUCCAAUCUUGGUUGCUGAUUUGAGGUCUUUGUUUCCCGAGCGACUUCAUGAACUUUUCCAGGCUUCCUUGGGUGCGUAUGUGGCAGCUAGUGGGGGUGCUUUGAUGUUUUGCCCGUCGACCGACUGCCCUUCAGUCUACAGGGUAGUGGAUCCCAGUGGGUCCGAUGCAGCCUUCAGAUGCGGCGUGUGCUUCAUGGAGACGUGUAUGAAGUGCCACAUGGAAUACCACCCGCUCCUGUCCUGUGAGAAGUAUCGCGAGUUCAAAGCUGAUCCCGACUCAUCGCUCAAGGAGUGGUGCAUGGGGAAAGAAAACGUGAAGACCUGCCCUGGGUGUGGGUCCACAGUCGAGAAGGUGGACGGGUGCAACCACGUCGAGUGCAGGUGCGGGAGACACGUUUGCUGGGUAUGCUUGGAUUCGUUUGACAGUUCUGACGACUGCUACAGCCAUCUGAGGUCUGCACACCCAAACAUUGAGGUGGAUAUGUUUGAGUUUGAUGUGUUAUGAAGGAUAGUAUUGUUUGCCAUUUUUAUUCCCUUGUAAUAUCUGUAGGAAGUAGAGCUGACUGUUGGUAACUGCCUUUGUACAUAUGCUUAGUGAAGUGCAAUUUUCUCUAUUGCUUCUCCA